AUGGCAGGCAGGGCUGGUGAGCUGCGCCCGACUACGGGCACGGGUGUCGAUGGCCGAAUCCGCGUCCGCGGCAGCCCGGCGAAACGGCUGUCACACCUAGGGCGGCUCACAGACGACGCGGUGGAUGCCCGGGAGACGAGACUGCUCUGUGCACCACAGCCUCCUAAGAAACGGUGCAGCGGCGGUCUGUUCGGCAACGGUGGCCGUGCUGGCCGGCUUGGUGGCACUAAGGUCGGCGCAAACUCACGAUCGUCCUGGGGACCCGCCGCCCCAUUUUGGAGUGACAGCUGGGGCUAG